AUUUUCUAAUUCUCAACCGCAUAACCCCUUCUUCAUCCAUCCAAUCCAAUUUCCUUUCUUUUUUCUUCUCCCAAUUCUCAAAUCUCAAAAACUUCAUCUUUACCAAAAUCAACGCUCUUUUCUUCCGAUUGAUGGGCCAUAACCUUGUUGCUCUUCUGCCAUGGCAAUGCAAAUCUCUUUCUCUCUUCCCCUUUUUCUAAACUUCAUCCUCCACCGACCACCCAUUAACGCCCUUGAUCUUCUCCUCAUCUUUCUUCACACUCUUUUAUAGCCAUCAAUUCUAUUUUCUCUCACCCAUCAAUCUUUUUCUCGAUUCAGUGAAAAAAAUUGAAUCUUUUUUGUGAAUUUGAUUACCCUUUUGAGUUUUAAUGGCGUCGGUGUUGGUUUAUCACGUGGUGGGAGAUCUGACGGUGGGGAAGCCGGAGUUGGUUGAGUUUCAUGAAACGGAGACGGUGGAGUCUGCUAUUAGAGCGAUUGCGGAGUCGCCGGAAGGGAGUAUACCGGUUUGGAAGAAGAGAUCUGUUGGGGUGAUUGAGAGUAGUGAUAUGAGGCAGAUGAGGUUUGUUGGGAUUCUUAGUUCGUUUGAUAUUGUUGCGUUUUUGGCUAAGAGUCAGUGUUUGGAGGAUCAAGAUAAGGCUAUGAAGACUCCUGUUUCUGAGGUUGUUCUUUCCAAUAAUUCUUUGCUUAGAUUGGUUGAUCCUGGAACAAGGGUUAUAGAUGCACUGGACAUGAUGAAGCAAGGCGUGAAACGUUUGCUUGUUCCAAAGAGUAUAGUAUGGAAGGGCAUGAGUAAGCGUUUCUCGGUAAUCUACUAUGGCAAGUGGCCCAAGAAUCCUGAAUCUCCUAGCAGCAGCAGCAGCAGUCUACCUGCGAAUGUAAACCGGAACACCUCAGCAUCCAUCCGUGAUAAGUACUGUUGUCUAUCCAGAGAAGACGUACUCCGUUUCAUCAUUGGUUGUCUUGGAGCUCUAGCUCCGAUUCCUCUCACUUCCAUUGCUGCACUCGGAGCAAUUAAUCCUAACUACAGCUAUAUCGAAUCCUCCACUCCCGCACUCGAAUCAUCUCAAAAGGUUCCUCAAGAUCCAAGUGCAGUUGCAGUAAUAGAAACCACAUCAGACGGUCAGUGUAAAAUCAUCGGAGAAAUUUCCGCAAUCAAAUUAUGGAAAUGUGAUUACUUAUCCGCCGCAUGGGCUUUAGCGAAUCUCUCGGCAGGACAGUUCGUUAUGGGAGUUGAAGAUAACGUCACCUCAAGAUCACUGCCUGAUUUCUGUGUCAAUUCAAGAUCCGGAGGAGAUAAUGAUUCGGUUAACGGUGGUUCAAAAAAACCAAAGAAAUUCAGUAGCAGGAGUAUCGGAUUCUUCAAUAAUUCUCAAAGCCAUAGCUUCGGUUCGAGGAGCAUGUACCGUGGUAGAAGUGCACCGUUGACAUGUAAAAUGACUAGUUCAUUGGCUGCUGUCAUGGCUCAGAUGCUAUCUCAUAGAGCAACUCAUGUGUGGGUGACGGAGGACGAGAACGAUGAGAUUUUAGUUGGUGUUGUUGGAUAUGCUGAUAUAUUAGGUGCUGUGACCAAACCACCUACAAUCUUCACUCCUGCUAAUAAAUCUUCAGAAGGGAUAGUAAAUGAAAUUCAGUGUUGAAGUUUGUUCUUGCUUUAAGUUCCUUUCAUGAGAGUACUUUUAGUAGUUUGUUACAUUCAGAGUUGAAAUGGAUCUUAUUGUUUGUGUUUGUGUACAAGUUUGUAUUAUUAUUUGAUAAUGAUAUCAAAAUGGAAUAAACUUACGUUCAGAUUGAUUUA